AAAAAAAUGCGUACCCUCCUAACGGUCCUCUCUUUCGCCACUUCGGCCCUCUCUCAGAACUGCACCCGGGCCCUCCUGAAAACCAUAACGCAAGACUACGCCUCUGCCCUCAAAGCCGGCACACCCUCCUUCUCCUCCCUCUCCCCAGGCACCCUAACCUACACUGAGAACCGCGCAUCCUCCGACAUCAAAACCGGCAUCCUCUCCAAAGGCCUCAAAAUCGACUUCGAGCGGCACCAACACGACAUCGUGCAAUGCGCCGGCUUCCUCGAAGCCAUCGUGCAGAACCCCUCCGCGCCCUACGUGAUCCAUAGCCAACUGCGCCUGGACACCAGCACGCAGAAGGUGAACCAGAUCGACAGCAUCAUCACGACAAAGGGCGACUGGCUGUUCAACGUCACGGGGACGUACUACUGGGCCAGCCGCGAGAAAUGGGACCCUAUCCCCGCGGAAAAGCAGGACACGCGACAGGUCAUCAAGGCUGCCGGUGAUGCGUACUGCGACUUGUUCAACGACAAGAACGUCAAGGUGCCGUGGGGGACGCCGUGCGCGCGCCUUGAAGGUGGUGCGUACACGGGGAAGGGCGCGGCGAAUGAUAGGUGCGAUGUUGGGGUGCCAAAUGGGGUUAAGUUGGUCAAUAGGCAGUAUGUGAUCGAUCAGGAGUAUGGGACGGUGGAUAUUAUUAUGGAUUUUGGGGGCACGGAUGGGAGUGUUGGGACGAAGGGGCUGCCGGAUAGUCAUGAGUUUAGGGUCGAGGGUGGGAAGUUGAGGUAUGUGCACACGUUGAGUUCGUGUGGGAAGAGGCCUUGUAUGGGGUGAGUACUUAGGUGCGGUGUGGCGUUGGAUGGUAAAACAUUGCUAUGGUGAUGUUUUGAUGGAGUGGGCGGGUAGGUCGGGUGGUUGAGGGGACUUGCGUAUAUUUUGUCUCACUAUGUGUGAAUGAGAUGCGAGACAUGGUGUGGACUUCGUACAUAUUCGGACAGGCGAGGUAUAUAAG